CUCCCCGGGGAACCAGGGGCUGCCCGCCAGGCUCUUCUGCAGCACAGUGGCCACAGAGGGUGACAUCUGCCUCCCUGCCUGGCCACAGGGUGGGCCCAGGGCAUUUGUUCCAAGCCUCCCAGGGGCCUGAGGGCCAGAACCCCACUACAGGCUUUGCUUGAGAACAGAGUCCAGCCCAGGAGUGGAGCGGUGCUACUUCUGCUGGAGUGCUGGCUGCUCCCAGGGCUCACCAGCAGCUUCUCUCUUCCCAGAUGCUCUUGACCUUCACCACCUCUGAGAGAGAAUGUGUGCAGGAGAGGGCUGUGGGGAGGAUUGAGAAGAUGAGCUCUGCGCUAUUCAGACAUCCCACACUGGCGUCCUGUGCGAGAUACCUCAGAACUUCUGAAAGGACAGACAUCGUCCUUGUGUUCAUCGAGGCGAUGAGAGACUCCAGCAUCUUUGACAAGAAGCGGGCAACAGACUUGCUGGACAUGGUCAUGGAAUUCCCUGACUUCUGGCUGGCGGAUCUGCCAAAGAUCAUGAGAUGCAUCCACAAAAACCUGGACGGCAUCAACACAGCACCAGCUCGGCAGAGCGUGGCGUCCCUGCUUCUGCUCAUGGCUGACAGGAGACCUGGGAAGGUGCUCACAACGCUGCUGAGGAUCGCUCCACCAGGAGACAGGACUGCCCUGGACAUGUGGGACAUGAUGAUCUCCACACCCCGGCCUCUGAAGAAGAUCUUAAGAAACCUGCGCAAAAGACUCCUGGCCAUAGACUCCAUGUUUCCCGAAGGCGUCAUCAGUGGGUCAGAAAGUCCUGACAUGGCAAGAAAAAUACAGUCCCUCCUGCCACAAGUUGUGGGGUUGCUCGACUACAGCAACACAGAAGUGAAAAGGAGAGUCCUGACAUUCUUCCGCAGCGUGAUGGGACACCUGAAGAGGGAAGAGGCCAGGCCCACUGUCGAGCAGCUGGAGGAAAAGCUCCUGCCCCUCUUUGAUGAUGUAAGGCUGAUGACGGAGACUGAGCCCUGGGGGUGGGCAGCCUGCAGUGCCAGCUGCCCUUCAGCCCAGCCCCGUGGACAGCACUGGGAGCAGGCUCUGCUCCCCUGGGCUCUCGAGUCCAGCCAGCUGCGAGAGCUCUCCAUCUGCCUCUUCAGAGAGCGGGUGCAGUCAGUGAUGGUGCACGACAAGAAGAGGAUUAAGAGCUACGUGCACCGUGCACUGCUCCCUCUCUUCUUUCGUUUGAGCGAUCAGAACAACAACGUGGCCAAGGCCGCCAGGGAAGCCCUCCUUGGUGCAGCAGAGCUCCUGAAAUGGAAGCAGCUCAGACACCUGGUGCGGACUCAGCAGACAUGGAGGAUUGGAGAGAGCUUGGUGAGAACAGCGAAGGCCCAGGCUGACUGA